AUGUCAUCUCAGAAGGAAGAGCGAGUCUUCUCCAUCUCACAUCUUCCCCUCUGGCUGACAUGCAGUGCUCCUUCCACGUUCACACCCAUACAUCCGUUCGACAUGGAGGAUCCCAGAUCAUGGGGAGCUACCAUCGAAGGGAUGAUGCAUUGGGAUAAUGAUAAGAUUGUCUUUUCCAAACGAUCUUUAUUGGAAUUUCUCAAGUCUUGUCAGUUGACCGUCAAUACGAAUUUCGGAGAGAUUUCAAAACUACCAAAAUACGCAACUUUUGGAAAGUUUGAUCAAGCCGCUACGGAUGCUGCUGUUGCUGAUCUCGUCGAGGCCGAAAUAGCAGACCCGACACAUGAUUCUCCUAUCCCUGGAAAUAAAGCCACAGUACCACGUCCUUCGCGAAAAGUCGUUGAUCCUCCGGGGGGUAAACAAAGUAUUCGUAUAUACGGCGAAGAAUACGAAGAGACGGAUGCUUUGUCUUUGGCUCCCCCGCGUGAAGGCAAUGGGGUCGAUGUGGAGAUAGAAAGGUUGGAAAGGGUGAAAUUGCAUGUGGAACCUGAGAUUGAUGGUGGAGCUAAGAUUGAGGAUGAGCCGUGGACUGAUAUCAGACGGGACAAACCUAUCUCGAACCCUCCCCCUGGUUUCAAGCCGAGUCGUAAAGUCCGUGAAGCUCCGGGUGGUAAGUCAAGCAUGGGUGAAGCUUGUAAGUCAUGUCCUCUCUCUCUCUGCAUGGAUGGUAAGCUGAUGAAAAGUGUUCGGAGGAUACGAAAACGAAACGGAAGCGGAUCGUCAAGCAGCUAA